AAAAAAGAAAAUAAAAUUGAAAAAAAGAAGAACAAAAAAUAAAAGAAAAUCAAUUAAGUGCAUAUUUUCAAAUAAAUAAUAUAAUUUUCCCAACAAUACUGGCAGAAAAAGUGUGGAAAUGUAAAAGCAAGUGAAACAAAGUAUUUUGAUAUGUGCAAAGGAAAAACGUGAAGAAUUUGCAUCAAGUCUUGUAAGCUUAGUUUUCUUCCAUUUCCAUCGAUGAGAAUUGUAAAACGGAUAUCGCACCAACAAAUACUGUCCGCCUUAAUGAAUUCCGUGUACCCGGAUAAAUAAUUAACCAAGUUUUAGUUGUCAACAAUUAAAUAUUGAAAAAAUGCCUCCCAAACGCCGACGUCGUUUUCAAGGCUUAUACUAUCAUUCGUCGCCGCCUAAAGUACUACCCAUGAAUGGUCAGCUGCCAAAUGAUAGUGCCCGUCGGAGGCGUGGAAGCGAUGAUUUUUCCAUCAAGCUCUCCACAAUACGAAUAUGGAUGCAUGAAAAGGAAAUUGGUAAACUAACCCGCAUAUUAUGGGCUGGCCAGGGGAAUCGUUUAAGGCAACAGGCCAGCACCAAUCCCAGAGUCAAGAGAUUUCUAGCUGCAGUGCCUUAUGUGAUGAAUUCCAUUCGCGAUGUCCAUCAAGCAGUAAUCGACAACAAUUUGGAAAAUCUUCAGGCCCAUUUGGAACCACCUGUACCACCGGCCUUGGUGACAUGUCGUGAUGCAAAUGGCCUAAAUCUGAUACACAAAGCAGCCGGCCUUGGCCAUGCCACAAUCUUGGAAUAUCUGAUCACCACCUGGCCCGAUGGCGUACACGAGUGUGAUAUAACCGGCAAGACCCCCCUGCAUUGGGCUGCCAGUGCCAAAAAUAAUAUGCGCUGUUACACGCUGCUCACGCAAGCUGGCUGUGACGAGGAAGCCGUUGACUAUAAAAUGAAAACGCCUUCAUUUUAUCGCCAUAAACCGCAUGAAAUCGAAAGGGCGUUUCUGACGUAUGUUCCCGAGGCACCACGAGUAUCACCGGAUGUGGCCACAGAUUGGGAGGCCUUGAGUGAUGACAGCGGUGAUGGCAAGAAUCCCAACAUCAAAAUACCCGAAAUGAAUGGUUUCGGUAGACAUUCCAAUACGGAGAGUAAUGAAAACACAUCGGAAGCUGAAAUGACGGAGGGCGCAAGUGCAGCGGAUGACGAUGAUGCUGGUGGUGGGGACGAUGAAGCCCUGACAGAAGAACCAGAAAAAGAAGGAGAACCUGCCGCUGAAGAAAAUGGUGAUGGAGAUGCCGAACCAGUGGCUGAUGAAGAAGAAGAAGAAGAGCAGGCUGAAGAAGAAAAACCUGCCGAAGAUGAGACCGAAGAUAAGAAAGUAGAAGAAAAUGGCGAGGAAACCGAAAGUGCUAACGAAGAAACCCAAACUAAUGACGAUGAAGCUGCAGCUGCAGCCGAAGACAAAGAAGAACCACAAGAUGAAAAACAAACACAGUCUGUAAAUGAAACGAAUGCCACCACCACCACCAACGACAGCGAAACGAAUAAGGCCGAAGAGGAGGAUCACGAAGGAGAAAAUGAAAAACAAAAUGACGAAGAAGAGAGUGAAAAUAGUAAAGAAACUGUCAUCGAAAAAAGUGAUGAGGGAGCCCAAGAGAGGGAAGACAAUGAAAAGGAAGUCAAUGAAAAAGAUGAAAAAACUAUUGAAACUGCUGAAGAAAUAAAGGAAAUAGAGGAAAAGAAGGUGGGAACUGAAGACAGUGAUAAAAGCGAAAAGAAAAAGGAAGACGAUGAAGAUUUAGAAAGCCAUGACAAAGAAAAGGAAGAAGACGAAGUUGUGGAAAGUCAUGAUAAAGCAAAGGAGGAGAAGGAAGAUCUAGAAAGUCAUGAUAAAGGAAAAGAGGAGGAAGAAGAUCUAGAAAGUCAUGAUAAAGGAAAGGAGGAGAAGGAAGAUCUAGAAAGCCAUGAUAAGGGAAAGGCAGAAGAGAAAAGUGAGGAUCAUGUAAAAGAAAAUGAACAGGAUAGUAGUAAGGAAGCAGAAACAAAAGAGGGUGAAAAUGAGGCCAAUGAUAAGGCAAACGAGGUUGAACUGAAUGGCAACAAUAAAGGUGAGCACAAUGAAGAAAAAGGUGAUAGUAUUAAAGAAGGCGAUAAUGAGGGUAAAGGCGAUGGAAAGGAUGUUGUAAAGGAUAUGGAAGAUAAGGAUGAUCUAACCAAAAACGAUCAUGAAAAGGAUUCGCUAGAAGAAGGAAACCAAGAAAAUAAUAAAAAUAACGAAAAGGAUGAGGAAAACGAAACAGUGGAAAAGACAAAUAAGAAUAAUGAAAAAGAAGAUGAUAAUAAAGAUAAAGAAAACGACGACCAAACUCAGGGUAAGAAUGGAGAUUCUAAAACUGAAGGUAAGCAUGAAGAAAGCUCGAUAAAAGAUGAAACAGAAAUCUCAGUAGAUUCAGGAAAAGUAGAUGCGAAUAUCACAAAGAAUAAAGAGGACUCCGCAAAAGAAGAUGUGAAUUCAACAAAAGAAGAAACAAUCACGGAAGUGGAAACAGAAAAGGAAAAGAAGAAUGAAACAAAUGGCAAACCCGCUGAAAAUGAAAAAAUGCCAGACGUAGGCUCAAACAAAUCCAGUGAAAAUGGAAAAGACGAAGAGCAAGUACCAAAGACCGAUGACAAUCAAAAAGACAUUAAAAUCAUAGAAGAGAAGUCGGAGAAUGCGGAAGAAGAAAUCAAAAAAGAAAAACUCGGAACUAAUGAAAGUUUUGUUAAAUUGAAUUUAGUUCCAACGGGAAUUUUAAAGGCGGACCAUAAGGAAACAUCGAUGAGCGAUGAAAAGAAGAAAACAGAGGAGCAAGAAGAAGAUGAAAAUAAUAAUAAUGCAGUAUCCCCCACUAACAAUGAAGAAAAAGAUGAUCAUGAUCCUAAUAGAUCUUCUGAAUCCCCACAAAAAUCACCCAAAUCCCCAAGUGACACAGAUGAGUCCCAAGACAUUGAAGAUUUCCUCAAGCAAACCCAACAAGACAUUAGCGAUAAAUUUGAUGAAAUUAGCGACAAUUUAAAAGAAAAUGUUAAAGAAUUUUCCAAUAAAAUAAAAAAUAUUUUUACCACUUCAGAUGAAAAUGAAAACGACGAUAAGAGAGAUGGUGAUGAAAGAGAGGACAAUAAAACCCCCAAGGAUUCGAAUGAAAAUGAAUCGAAUGACAUUGUCGUAGGUAAUGCCAAUACUCCGAAAUCUCAGCACAAAGUGGUGAAUGGCAAGGGCAGUGGCCGUAAAUCGGGCAAACAUCGCUCGGGUGGUGAGAAUAGUAGCGAAGAUGAUGACGACGAAGAUGAUGAGGAAACUGAAGCAGAGGCGGCGGCAGACGACGGCGAAAAUGAUAACGACGAUGAAAAAGAAAAUGAUGAAGAAGGUGAAGAAGAUGAAGAAAAUGAACCAAAUGACGAGGAGGACAACGAAAAUGACGUGGAAAACGACGUAGAUAAUAAUGAAACCGAUAAAGAUAAUGAAAAUGAAGCGGAAAAAGAUGACGACAACGAAGAGGAAAAUGCCGAGGCAGAGCCUGAGGAUGAUGGUGGUGCCGAUGGCACUGAGUCACCCACCUCAUCAAUGGCCAUUGAAGGUUUUGUCGAGGGAGUUGCCGAUGAUAAUACAGUUCAGUCACAUAAAGCUGCUUAUGUUGAAGAUGAUAAUGAUGAAGAGUCACGUAUCAAUAGAAUCAUAGCUUCUGGAGAUAUGGAACAAUUGGCCCAAAUCGUAUUGAAUGGGGAUGGUCAGAAGCUAUUGAAUGUCAAAGCCAAAGAAUCGGAAAUUCAGGCGUUCCUGAGGAAUGUACCAAAUUAUAUGGAUAAAAUUCGUCGGGUCCACGAAGCUGCCCGUGGCGGUAGUUUAUUGAAUUUGCAACAGGCGCUAGAUCGACGAAAGUUUGCCAUAGCCAAAGAUGAAAUAUCACCAAAUGGAGCAACGCCAUUACAUGUAGCUGUGCUAUUUGGCCAUAGUGAUAUUGUUCGAUAUUUGUCUGCUCGAUUCCCUGAAACCACCUCUGUAACAGAUAAUGAUGGUCGAACCGCCCUACAUUAUGCAGCAGUUAUAAGCGAUAAUGGACAUUUUUAUAAUGUACUCCAGCAGUUGGGAGCAAAUCCAAAAGCUAUGGACAAUUUUGACAAAACCCCCGAACAAUAUUUGGCCGAUAAUGAUAUGAAGGACACAUUUAAUUAUGGUCUACUUUUGAAGAAUUUCGGUGCCGAAGAAUUGGAAGAACAACUUUUGAGUGAUCAAGGUAAAAUAGAAAAUCAUAGUUUUGAAGAAAAUCCCAUAUUCAAAACAGAACAAGGCAAAUAUUUAGCUGAAAAUCUAGCCGAUCCCCUUAUCAAAGCUUUAACACAAGUUGCACAAAAACGCCCACAAGAUCCCCUGCAAUAUUUAACGAAUUAUCUGCAAACAUUUGUGGCACAGCGUAACACAAAUGGACGAACAGUAGUACAAGCUGCCGUCCAUUCGGGCAGUAGUCACACAGACUCCACGGCACUGGCGGCCAAUUCGCAAACAGACUCACUUGAAGAGAAGCCAGUUAUUCCUACUUCACGUAUGAAUGGACAUGUGACACGCGACAAGGGUGAAGAUAUCGGAACGGAUCCUGCUCAACAACAAAUCGACGAUGAGGAUGCCGAUGAAGCGGAGGCUGCACUGUCCAAGCGCUUAGAGGAACGCGAUGAACAUGGUCAGAGUAUGCUGCAUUUUGCAAGUGCCCGGUCACAUCGUCGCGGUGGUCUACUGCAGUUGAUCGAAGAAUCGAAUGUGGAUAUAACAUAUCGUGAUGAGUUGUAUCGCACGGCCCGUGAUGUUGCCCUGCAGGCGAAUCAGGUGGUCAAUGCCAAGGAUAUUGAUCGUUAUUUGAUAUCGCUGGCGAUUGUUGGUGAUGUCAAACCCUUUGAGUAUUUUGCCAUUGCCGGCUAUGAUCAUAUCAUUGAUGUAAUGGAAGAUGACAGAUCAAUUAUCGAGGUUGCCGAAUCGAAAGGUCAUACAGAGUUGGCAACCUAUUUGCGUACCAUACGUCCUAUGGAGGAAUUACGAGAAGAACUUCAUCAAAUGAUUCGUGACCAUAAAGUGGAUCGAGUUAAGGAAAUUGUUGCUGGGCCAGAAGCCAAAUGGUUGUUAAUGGCCAGAAAUUAUUAUGGAAGGACAGCGCUGCAUAUAGCCAUAUUAAAAGAAGACGAGGAGCUGGUGGAACAUUUUGUUAAAAUAUGUCCGGAGGCCUUGAAAAUCGGUGAUAAUCUGGAACGGUCUCCUCUGCACUAUGCCAUGGGCACAAAUCUGGUCGAAGGCAUCAGUCGGAUACUCAUACAAAACGGGGCCAAGCGAACGAAUAAGGACUUGAAGGGACGACAACCAAGCUAUUAUUUUAUGAAUAAGGCAGACAUUCUGCGAUUACAAGAGGAGGAAGAUGAAAACCGCUAAUGUGGAUCAAUAUUCACACACACACACACACACACACACACAUUCAC